AAGCACAAACAUACCAGAAGAAAUAAUGGCGAUGGCUUCAUUAAUGGAGGUUGAAGAGAGUGAAGCAACCAACAUAUAUAUACCAGAAGAGUGGUCCGAAGCGGCGGACACCAUAGUCUAUGGUGGUGCACAAACUCCGGUGGCAUUUAUAUGUGGCCCCAAAAACAGCGGCAAGUCAACCUUCUCACGUCAUCUCCUUCAUCUUCUCCUCCGUACGAGAGAGUUGCUUACUUGGAUACUGAUGUUGGACAGCCUGAGUUUACCCCUCCUGGAUGCCUCUCACUCACUGUACUUGAUAGAGAAACCAUCGAUUUGAAAUUUCUGCCAGAAAGAUGCUUCUUCUUUGGUGACAUUUCUUCAAAAAGAGAUCCAGAGAUUUAUUUGACAUAUAUAUUUGCCCUAUAUGAUCAUUAUCAUAAACAGCAUCACGAACUUUCAAGGAGUGCUUCUCCCGGUAAAAGUGGGGUGCCCCUAAUUGUCAACACUCCCGGCUGGGUGAAAGGUAUCGGAUAUGAUUUGCUGGUAGAUAUGUUGAAGCACAUUGCCCCUAGUCACGUGGUUAAUAUUUGUAUUUCUGCUAAAAGUAAGAACCUACCCUCUGGAGCCUUUUGGUCUCAAGACGGUGAUGCUGGGGCAGUAACCCUAAUUGAAAUUAAUUCAGCCCGCCAGGACUCGUUAAACAGAUCGGUACUGGUACAGAAGGAUUCACGUCAUCUACGGGAUUUAAGUAUCGUGACAUAUUUCAGGCAGUGCUUUCCAAGUGACAUGAGUAUCAGCACAAUUAAGGAAGUUGCUCGAGCAUUGGCUGCUCACCCUCCUUAUGAAGUUCCUGUGUCAGCUGUCAGCAUUAAACACCUUCAUUGUGAGGUACCCAAAGAUGAAAUUUUCUACAGUUUGAAUGCAACCAUUGUUGGAUUGGCAGUUAAUUCUGAAGAUUCUGGGCAUUUGCCUCGCUGUGUUGGCCUUGGAAUUGUUCGUGGAGUAGACAUAUUGAGACGGGUCCUCUACAUAAUAACCCCUGUUCCACAAAAUGUUGUGGAGGAUGUUGAUGUUCUACUGCAAGGCUUCAUUCAGAUUCCUACAUACUUGUUGCAGGUACAAGGAUCUGUUUCACCAUACAUGGCUUCCAAUGUCCUGCCCGGAAUUUGAACUACUGGAGUUGCUGAUUACCAUCAACAGGGAAAUACUUAUGUGCGGAAAGGACUACAGUAAAUUGACAUGUAAGCGCUGUGAUAGCGGAUUACGGACUAGGAUAAAAUUGCGGUGGUCAAACUGCAGUGAAAAUUGUGUUUCCGAUAUAAGUGGCACAAUUGACCGAUAUUUGAGGUGAAAUUGCGGACCAAUAUUCCGAUAUUUUAGCUUGGGCCUCUUUAGAGCUAUGUUGACUUGGAUGCUGAACCUAUUGCUUGUGAUUUGCUCUUUUGUGAACGUUUUUCCUAUUUUGUUUUGUAAAAACAUCUUUAAAUUGAUGUUUUGAUGUUGA